ACAGUGUUAUGCUGAGAGAAUGUCCUUCAGGGAUAGGCUUCAAAUUAGUGGUUUAACAAAUACUACCACAAUAGGCGCUAAUGAUGUCUCCAUUAAACAAGUAAUUAUGUUUAACAACAGCAAAAUAAGUUCAUAUAAACCGGAUAAUGUAGUAGUAGUUAACGGCCAGCCCGGUUUAGUUACUGACAUAAAGGAGGAUGGACUACUAAAAUUUAGGACUUUCAUUGACCCACGCAAUUACUUUGAAGAUCCUUUCCCAUCUAGUGAUAUUGGAAUCUUUAUGUGCUCCGUAGUUAGCCAUGAAUACACAUGGGUUUCAGUUAAGGACAUUGAUUGUAAAUGUAUAGCCAUCAAUUGUACCAAUUACAUAGUUGUAAUCCCAUUGUUGCAUACUUUAUUGUAAAUGCAUUUCGUUUCAUUAGUGUUUAAUUAAUGAUGAUAAACCAUUUACUUACGUCUUAUGUUCUUUUCAGCCCACUAACAAGAAAUACGUUAUUGUUGACGCCCUAAAAAAAAACAACUUAUGAUAGCAUCAAAGGACUGGAUAGUUGGCAAUGACCUUUGCGCUUUUCCGAAUGAGAUGGUCGAUAUACACCUUCAGAAGUGCGACCAACCUAAUGACAAUUGGUCACUUAUGAAGUGUAAAGUUAUUCAUGAAUUAGAAUCUCUGCAGUCUGCAAAAGAUCUGUUAGCUUCCCUGCAAAUACUGCAAUCUCACCUUGAAAACACUUCAACGGAUGAAAACACUCUGCCACAUAACACUGAGAAGCCCAAGAGAGGUGUAAUGAAACGUAAAGAAGAUUUUCUUUACAAUUCAGUAGACAUGGAUGUGGCUGAGAUGCAGGCUGGGAAUAUCCGCGUACAAUAUCCCAAAUUUCGUGUUUUCGACAAAGUGAUAUCUCCAAUCGCCAAUUCAACACAAUUAGAGACAUCACCAUCCACAUCGGAAUGUAAGCAUGUUGGUGGCGCUGUAUUGGACCAGUUGUAUACUGUGGUGCUGAAGAUUUCGUCAGCUAUCAAUGACUUGACUAAAACGAUUAACAACAUGUCGUCCGCCAUUAAGAACUUGAAUGUUAAUGUUAACCAAUUGCUUUCAAAGUCUAAUGAGCGCGAAAGACCGCAUGAAUUCGAUUGCGGACUGUCAAGUCAGCAGUUCCCUUUGUCAUCUGAAGAGGAACUACAGAUGCUAGAUACUGGUUUGUCGCAGAAAGAAACCAGGGACAGAUUUAUGGCAAUGGUCACUAGGUUAUCAGGUGACGAUCCAAAAACGUCCAUGCGUUUUAUUCUGUCGCAUCUGCUGACACCGGAGGUUGCCAGUAAAUUCACGUUACUUGGCACCUCUUCUAAACGAGCACUACAUAAAUGCACAUUUUACAGCUGCAUACGAAGUGCCUUAACUCAUCGUUUUUUGUCAUCCUCUGUAAAUGAGAAAGACCUUGGUAAGCUAUACGACAUAGCGACACAAGGUUACUUUCACGACCUCCGAGACAAGAUGAUAAAACGAAAUAGAAGAAAAGAAAAUCAGUUACAGUCAACAAUACUGACGAACAUAACCAAUUCACAGGACGACUACCCCAAUUCGGAUUAGUCCGUGCAAUUGCUUUGAUGCUGUACCUCGAUUUCAAUAAACAUUAUUCUUUCAAACAGCUUACUCUUUUACCUACAUGGGAAACUGUUGAAGUGUUGAGAAUGUGUGUUUGAGUUUCAGUGAACUAUUGAUUAAAUGCACAUUUCUUAUGAAUACAUUAUAACCUGUUCGUUCUUUUUCAGAUAAUUUCAAAUAACAAUGUAUUAGCAAUUGCAUUGGAUAUGCAUAACAAUCGAUGCUUCAGCUUGUGCUCUACUGUUGUACAAUAAUACGCUUUUCUUUUUCAAUAAAAUUUUUGAAAUAUUUACCGCUUUUCCACUGCAUUGCAGAUAUAUUUUGGUCUGUUGUUGAAAAUAAAGGCGAACAUAGGAGACCUUUGGGGUUCUGUCGAUGGAUAGAAAAUAGUAGGUAAUGUGUGUAUUUAGGCGAAAAGUAGACAAUUAAGCGCAUAAGUAGGCAAUUCGGCGGAUAUUUAGGCGAAAAUGCGACGAUUCAGCGGAUAUUUAGGCGAAAAUGCGACAAUUCAGCGGAUAUUUAGGCGA